CGAGCACCAUUCCAAUCCGAAUGAUACCGUUGGCCAAGCGAGUACCCGUCGGCGUGGAAAGAUGGCGCCGACUAUCAGACGCUAGACUUGCUCCAAUUCCGUUGCGGACAGUCGUGUACGAGGGCGACGACGACGACGGAUCAGAGCUGCCUAUUAAGCCUUACAUGAAAGUCAUUCCGGCGGCGGUCAUCGUGUUCUUGGUGGUGUCAUCCACCAUCGCCGUCGCAGUCUUCGCCACGCUGCAGAACGGCGCGCCUACGCGGCAGUCUGCAGCGCGGUCACCACGGGCGGAAUCAGAUUCCAGGUUUGCCACAGACCUCAUCUUGCCACUUCUCACGCCCGAGGCAAACGAAGAGCAUUUAACACCUGUGAAUGUCAGCAUUGACGGUUCGAGAAGCGGAAGUAUCGGCGGCGAAGACCCCGAACCAUGGGGCGAAAAGUGACAUUAACGAAACAAUGUAUUUGUGUGCUAUUUUCGAGAAAUAAAUUUACGAAA